AUGGAGCCACCAGACGCUGAUGCCUCCAGGACGCGCGCACCAGACGGAAAUGAGUUCGACUGGGCGAAGGGCGGGCUGCCACCGGGACUCAAGAGGCUGCAGUCCACAUUCAUAUUGGCUCUGUUCGCAGGGCUGAUGGCAUGGACCCUGGUGCACGUCCGCACCGUGGAGCGCCCGUCCGCGCGGCAGCUCCAGUCGUGGCAGGCCACCCUCGCGGCCAUCGACGCGUCACCGCGCCCACAGUGCAAGAUAGCAAUGGCGGUGGGGCCGCUCGUGGGCGGGCAGGGGGCGUCGUGGAUGGAGUUCAUCACCACGUCGGUCAACACCAACAUUCGCGAGAUCGAAGGCGACCUGAUGUGCGAGCCGGAGGUCACGGACCUCGUCGAGCGCUGGGCCGGCAAGGCCCCCCCGACCGGCGGCCUGCAGCACACGCUCGCCAUCGAGGUCCUCUCCGACAAGAACCUCGCGGGCACAGGCCUCGAUUCCGACACCGUGCGCACCGUCACGGAGCACCUCGCGAGCGCGGACACCUGCACGUCGCACGUCGUGAUGGGCCCGCGCCGCACGGCGUACGUGGUGGUCGCUGAGCCCGCCCCCGCGUGCCUGAAGCCAGCGGCGUACGCCCUGCGCCGCGCGCUCACAGUGGCGUUCGGCGCGCGCCUCCCGCACGCCGCGAAGACUCCGAGGAGCGCGGACGGCGCGCCGCGGACGGCCCCGUCCGACGCCGGCGCCGCUCCGCUGCACCUGCCGACGUGGCACGUGUUUCCCACGUUCGCGGCGACCGUCGGGGUGUGCCGCGGUGAGGCGGGCCGCGCGUGGGACUGGCCGGCAGUCCAGGAAGCUGCGCUGGCGGGGAUGGCGUCGGCGCUGGAGGGCGUCGUCGAUUUUGUGUACCACCCGCGCGAGCUGCAUGGGCUCGCGUGGCCGACCGGGGCGGGGAAGUGGGGCGUGGAGCGCGCGCUGCCGGACACGUGGGAGGCCGCAUCGGAGCUCCCCGCGGCGCAGAGGGCGGCUGCGCGGUCCAAGGAGCCGCACGUGGCCAUCCUGGGCGACAUGGCAUCAGAGUGGCGCGACCUGCCCGGGCCGCGGGUCCACGCGAUCAGACAGGUGGCGAUCCUGCCUCCUUGCAAGCACCGCCCAGCGGAGUUCACGAACGGGCGGCCGUCGGCGAUGCUGCCGGGCCCGGUGCGCGCAACGAUGAUAAACGCUGCGACGUCGGGCGCGGCGGCCGAGGAGGGCGGGGCGAACGCGUGGCUGGACUCUGACGACGCCGGGGCGAGUCUCUCGGGGUUCGUGGAUGUGCUGGUUGCGGCGGUGCGGGCGGACCUGGGCCUGCACGGGGCGCCGCUGCGGGCGGCGGGGCGCAAGGCGAAGGUGACGGCGGCGCGGGCGGAGGGCUCGGCGCACAUGACGGACUGGGAGCUGGACAGGGUGAAGCUGGCAGCGGCGCGGCUGCGCGUCGCGGAGGCCGUGGACGUCAUGCAGGCGACGAUCCAGGCAGCGCGGAGGAACUCGAACCUGCGCGUGCCUGCCUUCGUGCAGCAGCGACUGCCCAUGUGCAUACAGGUCGCUCGCAGCGCGUCCCGGGAGGCCGCGGCGGCCCCGGCGGGCAACCGGGCGGCGUGGGCGACCGUUCAGGCCACCGCGCGGGCGGCCGUGGAGUGCGCGCACACGCUGAGCUACGGGUCCGGCAUCGAGAUGGAGCCGUCGCGCGGCGCACAGCAUCUGAUCUCGCUGUACCAGCCGGUGGGGCUCCCGCUGGUCGUGGUGACGCUCGGGGCGUUCGGGGCGCAGCUGCGCCACUACAUGAAGCGCAGGAAGGCGGUGGCGGCGCUGACCGCCCCGCACACGAAGCAGGACUGA